GCUCUGCGGGAGGGCAGUCCCGGGGCCGGGCCCGGCCGGGCCGCCCCCCGCAGCCCGUGCCCGGGGCGCCGCGGGGCCGGGCCGGGCCCGCUUCCUGUGCGUGUCACUCACGCGGGGGGGAGGGGAAGCGCCGGGCGGCGGCGGCGGCGGAUCCUCCGCGAGAGGCCGCGUUGGGCGUUCGCAGCCGCCCGCCCGUGCACCGCCUGGCCGCGGCCCGAGGCGCCGGGGGAGCUCGGGGGCGGCGCGGCGGGGCGGCCCGGCGGCGGGAGGCGCGGCCGGGGCCGGGCCCGCGCGUCCCGCGGGAGGCGGCCAUGUCUACCGGCGAGGCGGAGCGGCUGUCGGCGGACGCCGAUGGGGCCGCCGGGGACGAGGAGGAGGAGUGGCUCUAUGGCGAUGAAAAUGAAGCAGAGAGACCAGAGGAAGAAAAAUCUGGUGCUCCACCCCCACCUGGAAGUGAAGAGGAAGCUGCAGAAAAUGGAGUUGUGAAAACGACGGCAGAGGCCGAGGAUGACAGUGAUAGUGAUAGUGAUGAUGAUGAAGAUGAUGUUCAAGUCACCAUAGGGGAUAUUAAGACAGGAGCACCACAGUUUAGUUAUGGAGCAGCACCUGUGAAUCUCAAUAUUAAGGCAGGAGGACGAGCUUAUGGAUCUUCUGGUGCAAAAGUUAAAGGACUGGAUCUAGAUGCACCAGGAAGUAUUAAUGGUGUGCCACUUCUGGAAGUAGAUUUAGAUUCUUUUGAAGAUAAACCUUGGAGAAAGCCAGGGGCUGAUCUCUCCGAUUAUUUUAACUAUGGCUUCAAUGAGGAUACCUGGAAAGCUUACUGUGAAAAACAAAAGAGAAUACGAAUGGGUCUUGAAAUUUUGCCAGUUACCUCAACCACAAAUAAAAUUACGGCUGAAGACAAAGCUAUGGAAGUAAGACCAAGUGCAGAGAUUCUCGAUGGCAGAUACCAUCUUUUUAAGGUACAGCAGGGCAGAACUGGAAAUUUGGAGAAAGAGUUGGCAGUGCAGUCGACCAAACCUGAUUUCACAUCUCCUCCUGCCUUAUUCAAAUCAGGAAUUCCAGCAAACAGGCGGAUAUCUGGCACAAUAGAUGUGAUUGGACAGACCAUCACUAUCAGCAGGGUGGAAGGACGACGGCGUGCUAAUGAAAACAGCAACAUACAGGUUCUUUCAGAACGCUCUAAUCCUGAAGUAGACAGCUUCACCAAGCCACCUCCAUUUUUCCCUCCAGGAGCUCCACCCACUCACCUUCCUCCACCUCCUUUCCUCCCACCCCCUCCAACUGUCAGUACUGCUCCACCUCUGAUUCCCCCACCAGGUAUACCAAUAACAGUGCCACCACCAGGUUUUCCACCACCACCUGGCGGUCCUCCACCUUCUCUCAUACCCACAAUAGACAGUGGACAUUCUUCUGGCUAUGAUGGUCGUCCUGUUCGUGCAUUUUCAUAUGGCAGUGUUACCUUUCCACACCCUGCAGGCUCUGCACCCUCAUGGUCUAGUCUUCUGGACACCAGCAAACAGUGGGAUUACUAUGCACGAAGAGAGAAGGACAGGGAACGUGAGAGAGAGAGAUCCCGAGAUCGGGAUCGUGACCGGGACCGAGACAGGGAUCGAGACCGUACCAGAGACAGGGAAAGGGACCGAGAUCACAGUCCGUCUUCAAGUGCGUUCAACAGUGAUGAAGAACGCUACAGAUACAGAGACUAUGCAGAGAGGGGCUAUGACCGCCAUAGGACAAGCAGAGAGAAAGAAGACAGACACAGAGACAGGAGACACAGAGAGAAAGAAGAGAGUCGACACAAGUCAUCUCGAAGUAACAGCAGACGUCGUCAUGACAGUGAAGAAGGGGAUAGCCACAGAAGGCACAAACACAAGAAGUCCAAAAGAAGCAAAGAAGGAAAAGAAGCCAGUGGUGAACCUGCUCCUGAACAGGAAAACACUGAAGCUGCCCCUGUGGAAUAGGCUUGUGUGAUUUUUGCCUACUUGCAUAUAUAUUAGUGCCAGAAAUAGAUUACUAUAAAUCUUGUUAUUUUUCUGGGAAUUAUAAUAAUUUGCUCUUAAUCUUGUUCUGUUAGUUUGAAAUCAAAGGUUACUUUGGUUUUUUUUGAAAAUAAAAGAACGAAUUUUUCAUGUUAAGAUUCUUGGACUGACUUUGUCUUUUAAGAAACAGUGAAAAAACAUCUU